AUGGAUCCCAAGUCCAAAAUGCCAAUGGAUCCAAAAUUCGAUAGGCCAUUUGAUUUUGGUUGGAAAAGAGAGGUGGUAUAUAGGACCAAUGGAAAUGCAAUUGAUAUAUACUACCGUACACCAGAUAAUAAGAAGCUACGAUCGAAACCGGAAGUACGUGAAUAUUUAAAGCAAAGAACCCGAUUGAAAAUAGAUAAUUUCACGUUUACAAGAAAAGCCCUAGGUUUAGACAAUUCCAAGGAAAUAUGCAGAAACGCUUAUUCAACUGAAAGAGCUGAAAAUAAUCGCGGUGGAAACGGUAUAAAUAAUGUAGAAAACCAAAUUGUACAGUUAACUAUUGAGGAGAAAAACUCAAUAAUGAUCAAUCCUGUUCUACGAGUACUGGCAAAACUGNCACCAGAUAAAAAGAAACUAAGAUCGAAACCGGAAGUACGUGAAUAUUUAAAGCAAAGAACGCGAUUGAAAAUAGAGAAUUUCACGUUUAAAAGAAAAGCCCUAGGUUUAGACAAUUCCAAGGAAAUAUGCAGAAACGCUUAUUCAACUGAAAGAGCUGAAAAUAAUCGUGGUGGAAACGGUAUAAAUAAUGAAAAUUAUUUUUAG